AAUCAUGAAUGACGUCAUGAGCAAAAACAAGGAUCACAAACGCCUGUUGUAAAGCUAGCUCGCAGAGAGAAUGGAUGCACUUGAAUUAUGCUUAGCGAAACAGUCUUAAGGCAUGAAGCCAGUAAUGCGACGUGUGGAUAGAUAAACGCCUUAGACUCGACGAUGGUUUAUAGUGUGCAUAGUUGGGUUCAACUCGCACAGGGUUUGUCUCCAUCAACGAUGCUUAUCAUACGAAUCAUGCUAAGUAUCGGCUAAGCUACCGUUAAGCCGAGGAGUCACAAUAGCUGGCGAGUCGACUCUGUAUUGACAUAGGGGAAGUAGGUAGUCCGUCGAGUAUCGCUUGACCAGCAUUUUAACGUUUAUCAUGUUACUCAUUGACUAUUAUUGCUAACUACUUUUAGUACCGAAAACAACUUGAGUUAUUGCUAUUUGACAGAGUUAGUUCCGAUAAUGUUGUACAAUCAAAUUAGCAUGUUGUAGCAUUAGCCAAGAGUUGUCUUCCUAUACUUUGAUUUUCUUCACAAGGACACGGAGUUCCGUUGUCUUAAAGUGUUACAAGUUACGGGAACCUGACUGCCAUAAUGUCGGACCUGGACACCCUGAUUGUCACUUUUCAGACCCAGCUCUCGGAUGUGAUGGAGACUGUGGUUAAGACAGCCAUGUUUGAGGUCACAAGGUUAGUAGAAGACGGCCUGUUGGAGGAGGUAAAACGCAAGAACCAGGAGGUGGAGUCACUGAAGAUACAGCUGCAGUGGGUUCAGAGAAAAUUAAAAGACCAUGGGGGAAAAGUGGGAAGCAACAAUGGGAAGGAUGCUGACUCUCCCGAGGAUGGUGUAAAACUGUCCUGUGACACUACAGGAGAUCAGCAGGAUGUUCAGGAAUGUGGUGUGAAAAAAGAGGCUGACUCUGUGGAAAGUUGGAAGAGAAACGUCCCACAGGAAAUCACACCAGAAGAAAACCAGGCAGCAGAAAAUCUGGGAGCCACUCACAGCAUUGAAUCACAGACAACAGAUGAAGAAGAUGUGCUGCCAGUGGUGGAUAUAAAGGAAGAAGAAGAAGUGAACAUGCCACCAUGUUCUUCUGUGGAUUUUGGAGGGUGGGGUGACACAGAUGAAGGUGAAGCCAGGCUUGAAUCCAACAAUGCCAGUGAGAUCAUUGAGGCACAACCAAAACACACUGCAGAAAACAGUCAGGAAUUAUUCAGGAAUACCAUCAAGCAUGACCUGCAGGUCUCCACUGCUUAUGAUUCCCCAGGAGAAACACACAUGGACACUGAUCCAUCCAUAGAGGCGGACAGUGGCUGGGAUGAUCUUACUGCCACAACUGCUGGAUUAAUGCAGAAUCAAAGACAUGCAGCAGAAAGAGACUGUAAUCCAGCCAAAACUACAAGAUCUUCAACAGGAGCACCACAUGAUCUGUCUGACUCUGUUACACCAGAUGUUUGUGUUCUCAUUCCCCCAAGUACGGAUCAGAUUACAUCCCCAGUAUCCCCUACAGCAAGACUGCAAAACAGUGAUGUGUUGGGUGUGACUAUCAAGCAGGAGGUUAGUGUCGGUUUUGAUGAGUGUGUGGAAAGCAGGUUAAAGAAAAAGACAGCGCCAUCUCUCUCGUCACUUGUUAAACACUACGGGAGAAGUCCAGAAGUAUUCAAGCAGAACCGCUUUUCCUCUAAAGCCAGAGUGCAGGAGGUCAUGAGGCUUCAUUCCAGAGUGGGUACAGGUCUCAGACUGCAAAAUGCUUUACAGCACCUCCAUCGACCGAUGAGAAAGCCCCCUCACACACUCUCAAACAGCACCACAGCAGCAGCAUCUGUAGCUCACUCUCAGGUCGUUAACUUAAACUCUAUUAACAGAAUUCCCUCUUCAUCUAAAGCUGCCCUUCCUCCUCUCUCACUGCAGCAAGUCCGCCAGGGAGACAAACAAGCUGUUGCACAUAACCGAAAUGGUGCGCCAUGGAUUGGCAUCAAAACCCAUCAUCAGUCCACAAACUCCCCUCACACUAACCCUUUACCCCACUCUGACUCUCACCCUCUGGUUUGCUCCAGUAAGCUCCAGCGCUGUGGCCAGUGCGGGAAAUGCUUUCCACACCCCAGCAACCUGAAGGCUCACUUGCAGACUCACACAGGUGAGCGGCCUUUCUGCUGCUCUCUCUGUGGUCGCAGCUUUACCAAGCUGAGCAACCUUAAAGCCCACAGGCGGGUUCACACUGGAGAGAGACCAUACUGCUGCUUGUCUUGUGGCAAACGCUUCACUCAGAAAUGUAACCUGAAACGCCAUCAAAGGAUCCACCUGGAUGUAUGAUGGUGGGCAAUCAGGAAGAAAAAGACAAGUUUGGCAGGGUUGUGUUUUUUAAGACACAAAAGAAUUUAAUGUGCAAUGUGAUACACUUGCAGUGAUACACUGUAGAAAUACUUGUUGGGUAGGCUUUUUGACGAAGUUAUUGUCCUAUUCUUCUGUGCAUUCCAGAACAUUUCAUAUUAUGACUUUCAUGGUGUUGAAGGGUUGGGUGCUGUGACCACUGCACCGUUCAUCAAAAAAACUGUAAAAACUUGAUAGAAAUCAUGUCAGAGCAUGAGCAGCAGCUCUAAACUAUUAAAUUGUACCUCGAAAAAACGAGUGUGAUAACUUUUCUCCUCCCACCAUUGCGAUUGACAAAGUUGAUUUCAGAAGUCCUGCCUCUUCUUGAUUUGGAUUGCUCAGUGACCAGGAAGUGACAUUGAUGAGCGAGGCGGUGUUCCAAAAGUUGAACUUUUUUUAACUGAGAGCGUCACGAGUGCUGUGACAAAAAUCAGCUGACAAAGAGGGCGUUUUCGCUCUAAGCACGCUGAGCACUGAAAACUUUGAAACACUUUGAGUGUUAAUAGAAAACAGGUGCUGCCAGCGCAAAAAACGUUGGUGGUGGACACGGCACCUUGUUGAAGGGUAAAAAGAAGUAUGUUUUAAAAUGUAUCAUGCACAGAGAAAUGUCAGUUGUCUCUUUGGUCAAUAAACAACUAUUUAUUCUGUGAUUACUCAAA